AUGGAGGUCAUCGACGAAAACAAAGUCAUUGAAGAAACCACAACGACAACGCCGACUGUUGAAGGCGUGAUCCAGCUUGACUGCUCCCUGUGCACGGCCGAGUCCUUGUUUGACACAAAGGACCUCACCAAUUACCUUCAGUCCAACAUCAAGGUAAAAGGCAAGAAAGGACAGCUCGGUAAGAACAUAAAGGUAGAUUGCACUGCUGAUAACGUUACGGUAGAGUACAAGAGAUUCAUGACAAAGAGGUACGUGAAGUACCUUGGCAAGAAGUUUUUGAGGUCGAAGAAGCUUAACAGUUGGGUACGGCUCGUGUCCACGAGUAAGACUGGGUACAGGUUCUCGUACUACAACGUGGACAAGGGAAAUGAGGAAUAAAUGUUUUAAUUUUAUG